AAAAUCCAAAAAAUAAUCUGUCUCUGUGGUUGUAUACUUGCUUCUUCGGUUGUGUUAUUCAUGUGGUUCUCUGAUCGGAGCUGUCGUCAUUUAUCAGUAGAAAGCAGUAUCAGCUUAACACCUCUAGAAUAGGUACAAUCAUCAUCAUCGUACAGGUUAUGGUCAUAGUCCGAUGGAGGAGUAUUAGAUAGAAGAACCCCCGUAGACCCGUGGAUGAAAAAAAAUAUUGGUUUUUCAGUUGGUCGUUCCAUGAAGCAAAUAUCCAUAGGUAGGAGUACUACUGGAAUUUCAUGUGUGUGUUACUGUCAGUGUUUUGCAGUUUUCUUUUUCUAUUUUUGUUUUUCUAUCCGUAGAUGCUUGUACCCAUGCACGAAACGGACCUUUCAGGCAGUAUCUGUUUUGGAACUCCAAUCACGUGCUUGUAACAACAUGUCGUACGUGAAAGAUGAAUGAAAAUCUCACCUUAAUUAGCUGUGCAUAUUUUUCUUCAUCGUGUAAGUAACCGUAAGAGUCAUUUAAAUCUAGUAAGUGGAGACUUCCGCUAUACAGAGGCACUACAAUCAACGGCACGGGAAAGAACAACUGCUCGCGUGGAUCGUGCGAGCAUCUGCAUCGUGGAAGGAAACAGUCAACACUCAAAGCCCUCAGGAUGAGAUGUCGUCAAGGGGUCGAACCCGUUAAGGUGGCGUCAAGGUUGACAAGAUGCUUCUUCGUUUGGCUGACGUGCGGUAGCAACAUGAUACUUGCCAGUGGUGCUGCAGCAUGGUGCAAUUCUUUCUGGCUUACCGCUUAUCAACCUGCACCCUACAAGACCUACGCCGACUGUUCCGAUGCAGCAUGGGCUACUGCUGAUUUUACUAUACCGGGUAAUUACCGUUAUUGUUUCAAUUUAUUUGAUGGCCUACAGUAGGUAAGUUUUUCAUUGAGCUAGUCCAUCUACGGCAGAAGAAGAACAUGCGGCAGAAGAAUAGUAAGUACAACUAUUCAAGAAUAGUAUAAUACACCAUCACGACGACCCAAAGGUGCCGGCGAAGAAAUCCACGUCGAUUGUUGGUGCCAAAACAACCUUACUCCACUAUGGAAGGACAUGUAUGCGGGAGACCCAACUUGGAAUGCGGCUGUAGACUGUUGCGCAGGAACUGUGUGGGAUAACAUGUGCAGUCUAGACUGUAACCCGGAUUGCACGGAUGCUAGAACACAAGAAUGCAAAACGAAAUGUCCACCGUUGUGUUUGGCAACGGGGUUUAUGGAACAAAGAAGGAAGAAAUUUAGAUAAAGAACACGCGCCCAUAAUUGAAGAUGCGGGAAUACCCCGUGAAUGGGUACAUCAAUCAAUCAAUCAAUCAAUUGAUUACGAAUUAUUGUCACAUCAUCUCUGGCUAGAAGAAGAUAGAGGAAAAAGAAAGGAAGACUGAAACAGGAAACAGGCAUACGCGUCAUACAACUCGUGAUCAUCUCUUCGCCUCCUCUCCACAUCAGCUCUCCUUCAACACCUCUUUCCUCGUCUCUAAUGUAUGUACGAACGAUUAAAUGUGGAGAUGAUUGAAAGAAUAUUCAGCUAACGCGGCUGGUUCUUACCUUCUUUGGUCACUAAUAACAGACUGAACUUACCCAGUCACUUCUCUAAUGUUCACGAGUCUCUUGUUGAUGGUGCUUCGUGCGACUGCGCCAGCUGUUGGGAUAAGGUGAAGUGCCUUUUCGCCCAUGCCGAAACGGAGACGACUUCUGGGUCUAGUAUGAGAGUCUGCGACACGCAAGCAUUCGAGAGGACACAGGCAGCCGCUAACUGGAUCGCAUGCGUUUCAGGGUAUCCACACUCAACUAGGUGGGAGCAGACGCAGGCGUCAGCGACGUGCGCGUGUGCUAAUGGUACUCUUGUAGCAGAUUACUAGGAGGUCUACAAGUCAGUGUCGGGGAUAGAGCAGUUUGAUAUGUAUACGUACAAGUACUUCUACUUUCAAUGUCGGGGUUAGUUAGAGCAGUUUAUAGCUACAAGUACUUCUACUUAUAGCUAGGAUCAUCUCUUCACGACAUAAACAUAAUGUUGAAGUUGAUAGUCAGCACUUACAACUUUGUACCACCACCACCAUAGCCCGUUUUUCUUAUUCAAAACUAACAGAUGUGGUUACCGCGUUGAAUUCCACCCAUUGCUGCGGCUCUCCCGAUUAUUCCCAUAUUUGCGCCAAUGACGUCCGAAGUCAGUGCGAUGAUCUGGCAGCACACUGUGGAACGUGGGAAGCUCAGGAAUGCCUGACGGAGUGUGCUCAGAAGUGUAAUCAUAUUUCGAUCAUGAGUCCAGAAUGCGAAAACCACUGUUACAAGAAGGACUCCCUCUGCGCCAAGUACCAAAAAUGUCCGCCAGUAGCGAAGCAGCACAAUUAUGUGUGCGAUGACGGGACCACGCAGCCGACAAAUGUUAAGAAGGAUGAAGCAGGAGUGAGUUUCUUAUUCUUAUUCAUAGAUUUUGAUGCAAGAAUAUUCUGCUCGGUGAUGAACAUGAAGAUAGUAGGGUCAAUAAAUGUGCCAAGGGGAUUCAUAUUCUCAGUAGUGAAGAGUGCUCUGCUUCACAUUCAGCCAAGACACUGUACUUGAAUUAGGACUUCCAGGAUCAUUACUUCUUCUAACACCUGCGGUUGCUGCAGCCGUUCCGACUUCAAUUUUCAGACCCGAGACAACGUGUGGUGUCCUAGAUUCUGCUCCAGUGAUAAAGUCUACUGGCUCAUCUCCAGUCAGCGCUAUGAGUGUGACUGCGGAGGCUGUCCGCUAGACAUGGCAGGCAUCCACAACGCAUGGCAUGCAGAGCUCAAGUUAGAAAUCGACAAGCGGUAUGAAACGGGCUACGAACGCAUUCUAGAACGGUUGAGCAUUCCGGAGACGCGAAGAGCGGAACUGGCUAGCACUUACCAGUCAAUGGUAGAGUCAGUGUCUCGUGAACACGUCUAUAGUCCGAGUGCGAAGCCACAGGAAUUCCCGCAGUCAGCUGAAGACGUUGCCACUGAAUAUCGCUCAAGGCUCGAGAUGGAGGCCAUGACUAUCUGGAACGAAGAGAACCCCACAUUGGUUGGUCAAAAUCCUAGUCUAGCAGGAGUUUGGGGUGAUGCCUGGUCUUCAAGUAGUGGAUCUGGUAGUGGUGAUGGUAGCACGCCAGUCAAUGUUGGUGGAAGUGGCAAUGGAGAUAAUACGAAUUCGAUCAUUAUUGCGAUAGGCGAAACUAAUGGUGGAGGCGUGAGCAAUCAAAAGAAGUUAUGGUCGAACUGGCAAUUAUUUGCAUAGAGACACUCAGAUGUCUAAUUCUAGCUGAUUCUAGAGUUGUUACAUUCAUCUAUCAGUGAACUGUAUGUCAGUAGGUAGUAGUUGUACUAAAAGAGAAGUUAUUUUUAUUAUGAUUAUUUAUUUUAAUUUUUGCACCUGAAUACUCUAACCCUCGCCGCCGCCGACGAUGGUUUCACUUCUUGGCUCUUCGGUUUCGCCCUCAUGCUUACCAGCACUCUAGUGUUGUGCUUUAUUUGUGUCGGCAUUGAGCGGUUUGCACGGAGACAGCGGGAUGUGUCACGGACCGCUGAUCAGGAUGCGCGUCGCACAGCGCCUGUAACCGAAACACUAGUCGUCGGACAACCUGUUCUCAACUCUGCGGGUGGGUUUGAGGCCUUGCAGGGAACGGCGAACGCAAAUAUUCCAACAGGGAUGAUCAUUGAAGUUAAGGAGAAUGGAUAGAACGAUGUGGAUGUGGUGAGUAAAAAAUAUGUCGAUCACGACAAGUCGUAGUGACUCAGUGCUGUCCUCUGUAGCUCUGUAGUUCUACUCGUCUUGGGAUCAUGCACGACCUCUAACCUCAACAAGAAUCUUGGAAGAUCCGGGGAUGCAGGUAUUGUUCGCGGACAAGACGCAGCUGGUAAUCCGAAUAUUAUCUUUCCGCCACCAGGUCCUCCAGGAGGUGCGGGUUGUACAGAACAAGUUAACAACUUGAUCAAUAACAUGAACAUGAUGAAUGCAACAGCAACUACGGCAAAUGGUGUUGGUGAAGGAGGAAGCUCCUCGACUGGUGGACGAGAUGGGACUGCUUCUAGCUCUGCUUCUGUGGGAGGUGGAGAUGACACAUCAGCGAAUGGACCAGCAGCAGGAACACACGUAUCCCCUAACACACGAGUACCAAGAACGACCGACGCGAGAAUUAAUGUUGGGAUUGCCGUAGAAGAACCACCAUCGGCACCAGCAUAUAAUAACUUCUUCAACGCCGGGUCUAGUACUCAACAACAGCAUGGAGGAAGUGCUUCUGCGCAAGGUCGUGGUAUAAUGGCAACUACAAGAAUAGGAAGCGCCGUUGGUCCACCCAGUGCCGCUCCACAAAUGAUUACGCCAGGACCUGCAUCAAGAGCUUUACAAGCGCCACAACCUACACCAGACACGAGCUUUCAUACAGUGCGACAGAAUGCUCGUGGACGUGGACGGAGUAGAGGUGCUAGACCAAUUUCAAGUAGCUCGGGUGGCGGAGGAGGCGCUGUUGAAUGAGGAAGGUUGGAGCUGUUGAAUGAGGAAGGUUGGAGCUGUUGAAUGAGGAAGGUUGGAGCUGUUGAAUGAGGAAGGUUGGGGCUGUUGAAUGAGGAAGGUUGCUCAGAGUAUGAUCAAGGUUUUCCUAUUCCCUUCCCUUAAUGCUUUCAUAUUUAUGGAGUCUUAUGCUGAUGUUCGAAAGAAGGAACAUCUGCAAUAUUCAAUGGAUACGGACCAGAGUUCUUUAUCGCGUUUCCCCAUUCCCCCAUUCCUUAGGAUUGUGAAUGAAGUGUAGAGCUUCAUCACCUUCGCACUCAUUUAGUAGAGUUACUACACAUGGAAUUCAAGCAUGUUCAAAGUCGAGAUCUUCUUCACUUUUAGUGAGUAGAUCCUCAUGCACUCUUGUGAAACGCAGCAUGAAAGAAACAUGAUAUGGAGAUCCUAAACGAGGACUUUUGAAGAUCUUACCUCAACAGAUUGAAGAUCCUUGUUUCCUUUUCCCUAUGCAAGACAUGCGCAUAGAUCUGUGAUCUGAUCACCAGAUCUUGAAGCAGAGGACGCAGUCUCCUGUUCGCGAUGUCCAGAGAAAGGUAUACCAAUCUAGCAAAAUUCCAUUCCGAAGUUUGUAUUUUUCAUCAUGUGGUUUUACCAUAAGACCAAGGACACGAUAGAAGAAGUCAUACUGCAUUUUAUGGUCUUUAUGAAAAGUCCCCUGGCUCCCCGCUUAACAGUAGUCGCCCCCUGUUCGACGAAAGGGCGUGGAUUCGCACCUCACUCGAGCAGGCACGACUGUCGUGACACGGCGAGUAGAAGCCCACUAGAGGGGCAGCCGCGGUCGCCCACUGAAUUGAAUUGAUGACCAGGAAGAGCAUCAAGAUACAAGAUCCCAAGCGAAGGAUCCCCCUUGAUGAUCUUCUUGAUUUGUCUGAACCUCAAGACGAAGACCUACCUUGUUACAGGAUUAGGGUCUUAGGCUUUUACAUUUUAUAAACGUG